UCACCCGGCAAUUUUGGGAAGCAGUUGGCUCCGCAAGGUCGUGCUGUCCACUUCGUUUGCCCAGCCGGUACACAGAACCACUCACCGAACUCGAACGUACAAUGCCGGACCUCAAAGGAAAAGUCGCCAUCAUAACUGGCGCUUCUUCGGGUAUCGGGGAAGGAACCGCUCUGCAUUUUGCUUCCCUCGGCUGUUGGCUCUCGUUGACAGCGAGGAACAAGCAGGCCCUGGAAAAUGUGGCAAAGGAAUGCUGCAAGAAAGGAAUUCCUUGUGACAAGGUGAUAGUCGUGCCUGGCGACAUAUCACUCGAGAAGGACAUUGCUGCCGUUGUGGAGAAGACUGUGAAGCACUUUGGAAAAAUCGACAUUCUGGUUAACAACGCUGGCAUCGCCAUGAUGGGCACAAUAGAUAACACGACGGCGGAAGAAUACAACCGUGUUUGGGACAUCAACUUUCGUGGCCCGCUUUGCAUGAUCAAGAACGCUCUUCCGUACCUGCGCAAAACGAAAGGUAACAUUGUCAAUGUUUCAAGCGUCGCCUCGACGGCUGUGGUGAAAGGUUCGACACCUUAUUGUAUGACCAAGGCAGCACUGGACCACCUGACGCGAUGCGCGGCAUUAGAGAAUGCACCAUUCGGUGUCCGUGUCAACUCAGUCAACCCUGGCGUCAUCAAGACACCCUUGGCGUUACAGCCUGGAGUCAAUAUGGAUGAGUAUGCGGUGGCGCUGGAGAAAAUGACCGGCGCCGCUCAUGCUUUGGGAAGAAUCGGCACCCCGGAUGAGGUAGCCCGCUGCAUCGCUUUCCUGGCCUCGGACGACGCCUCCUUCGUCACUGGGAUCACGAUGCCGGUCGACGGGGGCUUGCUGCUCAUGUCCUCCUUGUCGCAGGAAGCCGCGUGGGAAAAGAAGAAGUAGGCUAGCAUACGAUAUCGGCACCGUGACCAAGCCACGGGCGUAGGACAAAACUGCACGGCUGGUGUCAUCGUAUCCAUUUGAUAGCAUGAUGUGUGUAAUAAAGCUCCAACACCCUGCAGAAAAAAAAAACUCUUGAAGCUGCUGUUUUUUGAGUGAGCAAGAAUAUUAUGCACGCAGUGAGCAUUUUCUGUCUUGCAACAAAAAGCUCCUUUCUCUCUAUCUAUCUCUGUGUUUGUGCUGCUUUCGAAUGAAUGACAGUAUACUGAAACUUGAAGUGCGACCAACAGAUGUUAACGGAAGAAGGGGAUCAGGGGCUUAUUUCUUUUUUUGGUAUGAGUGAUAGGACAAAAAGUGCAAUGCAAAGAACAUAGUACAAAUAUUCGUUGAGUUAAUAAUAAUAUCUGCUUAGUUAUGUAAUUUAUAUUACUUUUUUAAAGUUUUAACAGCAAUGAGAAAUAUCGAAAGAAUUGAGCAGUCAUCCCGCUCUCUGAAGCUGGACGACCAGGAAAAGCUAUUUGGCACGCGACACAGAGGAUGGCACAGAAUUUUGAACCAUGGCCGAUCAGACACCUUGCAACGAAAUCCGAUAUGUCUGCUUAGAGAGUCCCUUUUGAAUCUCGCGUAUGCUCCUUUGAAGUUUUCCAUUUGUACAGCAUCCACCAUUUUGCCGCGACAUGCGUCGUCUCGCAUGGCUUGCCACAUGGCGUUUUGUCGUCGUCC